AUGGCGGAAGACUUCACUCUCUUCCCUUCCCUUCCACCAGAAGUCCGACGGCUCAUCUGGAAGCAAUGCCUGCCAAAGAGGGUUGUGGAGCUCGACUCACUGCCAAGCCACUAUCCUCAUAUCCAGUGCCAGGUUUACUGGACGACCUCCGCUAAUGCAAAGCCACCAGUCAUUACGCAAGUCUGCCAUGAAUCACGCGCAGUGGCCAUGGAAACAGGAAGAGUACUGAAGGAAGACCCCAGCACCCCUGACCCGAGAUUCUUUGGCCCUCCUCUUCGACCCUGGUUCAACCCGCAAACCGAUGUCAUCUGCCAAUACCCCGGGGACAAGUGGGGAGACUAUGGCCCAUUCGUGGACAUUAAAAAGCGAAGAGCCUAUUUCUUGCAGCUGGCAACUGAGGCCCAGGGCGUGGCGGUUCUAGCGGAUCGAAUCGACCCCUGCGAUGAUGGAUCAUUUUUCGAGAAGUCGGGUUGGGGUCAUCCUGUGGGUUUGUCUCGGAACUUUGUUAAGUCUGACUGCAAAGAAUACCUGGUCUGCCUAGAGGCGGUGGCGAUUCAUAUCGACAAAGAGAAGGCCCUUGACUCGCAAGUCUUUGGUCGUUUAGCUGAGGAGCCCAUCCAGCUUGUGCAUGCAUCAGACAUCACUCGAAUUCGACAGUUCCAUAAACUCUCAAGCCCAAAAGAUUCCGAAGCGAAGAAAUUUUUCAAGAUUGCAUUUGUGGAAAGAGACUAUCUCAAGCAACUCGCGAAGUGGCGAAGACGAACCGAGGUUUGGUUCGUAUUCCACAAGUGGCUCAUAACCUAUCAGGAGAAUCCAUCGGCGGCCCCUCCUCUGCUCGACAUCUGGUUGCAAGUUCAGACAAUUUCCAAGAAGGAGUUUCAGGAUGAGAUUUCUCCAACAGAUCUUCUCUUGUGCAUUGAUGAAGGGGGGCUGUACAACUACGCCCCGAAUGAUGAGAACCAGUGGGUAAAAAGUGUCUUGGAUGCCAUGCCAAACUUCCAUCCAGUGAUCAUGUUCCGGCAUUGCGAGUUGGACUGUUGCUAG